AUCAAUUAUCAAUAUAUAAAUUAAUUUCAAACUAAAAAUAUAUACUUUAAAUAAAAAUAAAAUAAUAGUAUACUUAAAAUUGGUUACAAGUUUUUAAAAAUAAUUUCAUAAUUUUCAAAGUUGAGACGUGUUUUGUGACCAGAAUUGAACUCAACAGAAGUACACAAACAAUGGGCUCUUCGGCUGAAAAUAAAUCACAUUUGGCGGUCAAACGGACGACAAGUGGCCAACAAAAUGGCGAAAGCAAACUAUCAGUCUGUUUGAUGAAUGAAUCGUCAGUUAGUUUAUGUGUGUCUGAAAAGGUGGAGACAAUGACAGCUAAGGAUAUCUUUGAAAGAGUUUACAAUCAAUUGUCUAAUGAAUCCAUUGGAAGCAAUAGUUUGUCAUUUGAUAUGAAAUAUAAGAAAUUGUUUGCACUUUGGGUCACAUCUCCAUAUCUGGAGCUUCAAUUGCAACAAAAGCACCGACCGGUCGCAGUACUGGCCAAUUGGGAUCAUUAUAUUACAAAAAAUGGACCAAUUGAAGUGGUCACAGAUCCCGAACUUGUCAAAGCUGAUGAACCAUCUCUUAGUUUUCAGCGAAAUGUUUUCUGUGACAAAUCAUUUGAAGUGGAAAUAAAAGCGACAGAUAUCGGAGUCCUUUAUUUGCUUUAUUUUGAGGCAAAACUUAAUGUAUUAGACGGUCGCUAUCCUUGCGAUAAAUUUGAAAAGUUGGCCGCAUUUCAAGCGGCCAUCGAUUUGGGACAAUACGAUGAAAACAUACACACCGUUAACUUUUUCCGGCAAAAUCUUAAACAAUACAUUCCAUGCAAUUAUCUCAAUGCUAAUGAUGGCAAUCGAUUGAAUGCUUUGGUUCGGACUUUAAGUCGAAACAGUCCAUCAACUCGUUGUGCGCUUAAGAUCAUCGACAACUAUAAAGUGAUAUCUAAACAAUCAUUGUGUUUACAUAAAUUGUUGAUCAGUUAUCUGGAGAUCUGUUGGCAAAUUCCGGUUUACGGAAGUGCAUACUUUUCGGCUCAAAUUGAGAGACCACUUCGGUCUAGUUUUGCCGCUUUGAUGAGUCAUUACGAUAUCCAAGUAUGGGUUGCCGUCAAUAGAGAUGGUCUGCAUCUUAUAUCUAAAGAAAAACCUGAAUUAUUACUUUCGAUUGAAUUUAAAGACUUGUGUUGGGCUGUCGGACGUCCAGAGAAUAGUGAUUCAAAUGGUAUUCCCGAUCCCGAAUGCAUUCCAUGUAUAUUCGUUGAAUUGCCAGAUGAGGGCCGAAACAAGAAUAUAUUGCAAAUAUUUUCCCGUCAGUACAGACUUAUUGAAUCGAUACUUAAGUCUUUUAUCGAAGCCUUGAAAAACCCGAUAGAUUGUACUCAAUCUUAUGACUGUCCCGACGGCGCUGUUCCGCUCACAGCUGAGUCAGUGACGCUAUCAGUAAAUCCUUUUUCUUUUCAAACUACCGGUAAUUCAAACACAAAAAACAUUCUCAAGAAGAAGCUAUCAUUUGCCACAUUUGAUAAGUCAGGUAAUUGUAUCAAUAAAACUGGUUCGUGGGUUAAAUCACAGUCGAGAUAAUAAAUUUUUGGUCUCAAUUUAAUUACGGUAAUUAAUAAUAUAAUAUACACACACAGUUAAGUACAUAAAUAAAAUUCAGUUUAUAGUUUUUUUGUAAUAAAUUAAUAUUAUACAGUAGAUUAUAUAUUAUAG